AUGACAUCUCUAUCAACUCUAACGCCGUCAUGCUCCCCAACCCUAUCAUCCUCUGAAAUUGAUAGUAGUGACAUGUCUGACAAGGACGAUGGGGAUAAAUUGUCAAUUGUGGGAAUUGACGACGAAGAAGUAACUGUCGGUGAUGAAGAUCACUCCCACCUCAGAGUAGGCCUUGAAACGAUGCCGUUAAUUGACCAAGAGAUGGGACAACUGGUGAAUGACUGGAUGGAUGAUGAAGAAUUGGAAUGUGAGCUAUUGAACUUUGAUGCAGGGGAGGACAAGGAAGUACUAGUAAGCUUGAAUGACGACAAGUCUGAGGACAGUGGGUUAGACAAUGAAUCUGACAAAAUAGUGUAA